CCCCAAGCUCCAAACCUAUCUUCUGAUUUCGGAAAAGUUUUGCUAUAUGAUAUAAAGCAAACGACAUGGAAGUUUCCAACACACAAAAUCUAAUCAAUAUCUGUCUCGAAACCCUCUGUUCACCAACCCGAACAGCAUUCCCCGACCCCUCUAGCUCAAGCAUCAAAUGCACAUCGACAUCAAAAUCAUCAGAUAACACCCCUCAAAUCCUCUCACAAUGCGGUUCCUCGAUCAUAACCCUACUAUCUCAUCUGAGUACCAUGAUCCGUAAGCACACAGGCAAUAAAAAUCUCACACUCCAAAGACUCGACGAUAUACUCUCCCUAGCCAAAGAAAAAUUCUACGCAUAUCCCUUCAAAGACGUCCCAGAAUGCUGGCGAGCAUUAUUUCUCGAAGCGAGUUUAUUGAAAUUUUCUGCUCUUGUUUUAUGGGGAUUCUCGACUUUGGGUCCGCGUGAGAAAGAGUGUCAGGUUUCGGAUUGGGAUGUUUCACAUGAUCGGGCUAUAGAUCAGAUGGUUGAGACGAUGGAUAUGGCUUUAAUCAUGGUGGGGACUCCUGCUUCUGCGUCGUUAAGAUGGGCAAUUGAGUGUGCUAUGGAUCUUUUACAGAAGAUUCAUGAGGAAAUAAUGCAUGAGGAUACUUCCGCACAACCAGCUACGAAACGUCGGAAAAUGUCUUUUAGUAAUUCACUCCCAGCUGCCGCACCUUCGUAUCAAGAUCGUUUUCCAUCAUCUUCCCUCGAACCACCUCCACUUUCAAAUCACAUCUCUCGAGUAAGCUCCAACGACCUCAACUCCAACACCGACGAAACCAUAAACAAAUUCUCAAAUCACAUGCACCAACCCCAAGAUCCGACCCUGGGAGCAGAACCCCUCAUAAUAACCUCAUCCAUCGAAUCCUGGCCCGCGCGCAACCAAAGACCCUGGUCCAGUCCCACAUACCUACUAUCCCAAACCAUAGACGGCCGGCGCCUAGUCCCCAUCGAAACAGGCCGAAGCUACGUGGACGCGGACUGGGGCCAAAAAAUCAGCACAUUCAAAUCAUUCAUGCAAGAAUACCUUCUUCCUACAUCACCCUCCCAAAGACAUUCCCCGAAAACAACAGGAUACCUAGCACAACAUAAUCUAUUUUCGCAAAUCCCCACCCUCCGAAACGACAUCCACAUACCCGAUUACUGCUACACAACCCCACCGACUCCCCACCCCUCCUGUUCCCCCGCGCUAAAAGAAAAAUAUACCCAAACCCGCGAACUGGACGAACCGCUCCUAAACGCCUGGUUUGGUCCCGCUGGUACAAUAAGUCCCCUCCAUACAGACCCCUACCAUAAUAUCCUCGCGCAAGUCGUCGGUAGGAAAUAUCUACGUCUUUAUCCGCCGCGAGAGACUCCGAGACUCUAUGCGAGAGGUAUAGAAGAGGGAGGGGUAGAUAUGAGUAAUACGAGUGCGGUCGAUAUAGGAGUACUAGCCGGCUGGGAUGGUAGCGAGUCAGAGCAAGAAAAUGAGAGGAGGAAAUUUCCAAUGGUGAGUGAGGCAAUACAUUGGGAUUGUGUGUUAGAGGAGGGGGAGGUAUUGUAUAUACCCGUUGGAUGGUGGCAUUACGUUAGGGGAUUAAGUACGAGUUUUAGUGUGAGUUUUUGGUGGAAUUGAUAUAUAGGUGCUGGGUACAUAUCCUCCCCCCACCCCAAUCUCCAACCCCGCAAUCAAAAUAGAAAAAAAGAUCCUCAUGGAUUCCCUCUACUAAA